AGUUGUCCGAUUUUCUUUUAAUUAUUAAUUAUUGUUGACAAAUGACAAGUAAAAUUAAAAUAUAUAAAUAAAAACAAUAAUAGAAUAAACAUGUCAUUAUUAAUAAUAAUAACAAAAUAGAAUAUAUUUUUAAAUAAUAAUAAUUGUGUUAAUGAUUUGACAAAAGAAUAUAUAAAAAAUAUAACAAAAAACAGUGAGAGAAAGAGAGUAAAUACAGCUGGCUGGACCGGAGGCUGUGAUGCACUGCGGAUGCAGUCAUAUCAGGCACAUUGACUCAUCAGUGUCGCCAACGUCAUGUAGCAUCUCAUGUUGAUUAAAAAAAUUAAUAAACAUACAAAAAAUAACAAUUAAUUAAUUGCUAUAAAUUAAAGUACAAUAGUCAAGUUGUUUAUUAAAUAUUAAAAACGAAAAUUUUCUAUGAAUGAAAAAAUUUCAUAAAAAUUAGUUCAGUUUGAUUGGCAGAACUGGCUCCUGACAACAAAUCACAACAAAUAAUCAACAAAAAAAUAUACGUGUCAUCUGCCUACUAUUUCCAUUCAAUCAAUUAAUAAUAUGUUUGAAUCAAAGUUGACGAGAUACAUAAGAAUAUUGUUAAAAUCAAAAAAAACAGUCAUCAUAUUAUUACCAUGUUUUUUGAUAAUAACACUUUAUUUGUUGUCUGAAAAAUAUGAUGAUUUAAAAAAUUAUCUAAAAGAUUACAAUACACUUGAAGAUAAUCAUGAUAAUUAUUUAAUAUGGAAUUCGAAAUGUCACAUGUUGACACAAAGCAAUGUGGAUCCAUCAAUAGAACAAUACAUAAAAAAAGAAAAAUACGAAUCAUGUUCAAAUAUAAAAUUACUUAGUAAAAUUGUCAGAACAAUUGAUGAUAAAUUUUAUCUAGUUAUUGAUAAAUCAGUUGGUGAUUAUGAGUAUGAUGAAUUUAAUUGUUGCUGGACACCAAUUAAUCGUGCAGUACCAAUAACCCAAACACCUGAUGAAGACUGGGACAAUAAAAUCAAUAUUGGUUAUUGUGAAAACUUCAAAGAUCGUAUUUUGAUACCUGAAAAUAUUGAAAUUGUCAUGAUAACAUGUAGAGCUGGACGUGUAACAAAAAAUGCAAAAUUAACAAGAAUAAUAUAUCAAAAUAUUCACUCAAUAAUAAAUCCAAAAAAAGUUGAAAAUAAUCAGCUAAAAAAUGACAAUAAUAAAAGAAAAAAAAUGAGUAUAUUAAUAAUGGGUUUAGACAGUGUUUCACGUUUAAAUUUUCAUCGUACAAUGCCAAAAUUAUCGAAAUAUUUUCAUGAUAAUAAUUGGCACGAGUUAAAAGGUUACAAUAAAAUUGGUGAUAAUACAUUGCCAAAUUUAUUGGCAUUAUUAACUGGACGUAAUCAAGAUGAUGCAACGAAAGAAUGUAAAUUAAAUAGUAAAUAUGGAUCAGAUGGUUGUCCAUUUAUUUGGAAUAAUUUUAAAAAUGCUGGUUAUAUUACAGCAUAUGGUGAAGAUAUACCACGUCUUGGUACAUUUAAUUACAAACAAGAUGGUUUUAUGAAUCCACCAACUGAUUAUUAUGUCAGGCCAUACAUACUUGCAUGUGAAAAGUUAUUAAAAUCAAGAAAAAAAUUUAAUUUUAAAUAUUGCAUUGGUCCUGAAUCAGCUGUUGAUCGUAUAUUUAAUUAUGCAAUUGAUUUUUCAAAGACAUUUAUUGAUAAAUCAUAUUUUGGUUUCUUUUGGACAAACACAAUAAGCCAUGAUGACAUGAAUGGACCAUCAUCAAUGGAUGAACAUUUUUUAAAAAUGUUUCAAGAUGUCAAUGACAAUGGUAUUACAAAUAACACAAUAAUUAUAUUUUUAAGUGAUCAUGGUGUACGUUGGGGUGAAUAUUUAGACACUCAAAUUGGCUGGCAUGAAAAUCGUUUACCAUUUAUGUUUAUUAAAUUUCCAAAUUCGAUUUUAAAUCAUAAUAAUAUAUCUAAAUCUCUAAAAUUAAAUGAAUAUCGUUUAACAUCACCUUAUGAUGUUUAUCAAACACUCAGAGAAAUUUUAAUUAACUCUGGUGGUUAUGCUGAAUCAAGUAUUGCAUGUCCAACUUGUCAAAGUUUAUUUACACCAGUACCAAUUGAACGUGGUUGUGAUGAUGCUGGUAUAUCAUCACACUGGUGUACUUGCAAUGAAUUUCAAGCAUCAAGUACUAAUAAUUAUGUUGCACUAAGUGGAGCUAAUGCAUUUAUAAAACAUGCUGAAAAUAUUGCUAAAAAUUAUCAAGAUGAAAAUGGUAAUCGUUUAUGUGCUAAGUUAGAAAUUGACAGUAUUUUAAAAAUUGAUAAAAUCAUUGAUUUUAAUAAUGUUAAUCAAACAAAUAAUAUUGAUAAAUAUUUUUUUAAAAUUCAAGUUAAACCUGGUUAUGGUAAAUUUGAAGUUACAAUUAGUACAAAUAAUUAUAAUGAAUUUUAUAUUUUAGAUAGUGAAAUAAGUAGAAUUGAUUCGUACGAAAAAACAUCAAGAUGUGUUGAUUAUGGCUUUAAAUGGUUUUGUCAUUGUCUUGAUUAUAAUUCAAGUUAACUAAUUGAUUUAUUUAUAUUUAAUAUAUAAACAAACAAAGCAACAAUAAUUAAACCAAAUUACAAAACAGAUUAUAUAUUUUCAUAGCUACAAAUAAUAUUAAAUACAAAUUUUUUUUACUCUGUCUUCUUGCUUUUUAAUAAUAAAAAAUAUAAGUUUUUUAAAAAAACACAAAUAUUGUUGUUGUUGUUGUUGUUGUUUUUUGUUUUUAAAAUAUAUCCACAGGAGGCGUUGUAUUCCAUUGAUGAAAAAAAUUAAAACACACUGUCCCAUCUGUAUGAAGCAAAUGAUUUUGUCAUCAGUGGCAUUGUGUAGCCAAUGAAUGGCUGCCUCUGAUCUUCUUGGCAAAAUUGUCCAUAAAAAAAAAAAAAAUUAACAAGUUAAUAAAUAUACUUAUUAAAACAAUAUAUAAAUUUAUAUAAUU